AUGUCAGUUGAAGUUCUUCGGGAGAGCGCUUGUGAUUGCAUACAUGAGAUUAUCAUGAAGGGAAUGGAGCCACUGGCAAAGAAAGAACUGGUGGAAUCUCUUCUGAGUGUUCUGAAGAAAAGCAGUAUCCUUGAACCACAAGAGGUACAUGAUUAUUCAUGUCUAAGCGUAACAUUUUUGUCCAAGAUUAUAUUGUAGCUUCAAUACGCAGUUUCCUCCAUAUUCCUAAGGGUGAAUGGGUUAAUGUAAUUUUUGUCUCAUUUGUCAUUUGAAUCAUCACUUUUAGGAUGAAGAUGCUGACUUCAUGGCCAAGUUGGCAAAACUGAUGAGUGCUUCAGGAUCACAGCUUCUAAACAGCUACACAAAGUAA